AUGAGCCCAGCAUUCUCACCGAUUUGUCAGACUAUCUCUUUGUUGUCAAUACUUAUCAACCUUUAUCUGGUAUAUGUAUACUUCCGUUGCCCUCUGAAAAAUGUAAAAUCCUAUAAGUAUUUCUUCCUACUGACUGCGGUUCAGGACAUUAUAUAUUCCUGGUGCAUAUUCCUAACUGUUCCUGUAGUCCUAGCGGAUAAUUUCUCGUUGGUUUUUAUCGCGACAGGACUAGUUCACGGGCUACUAUUCGGGCAAAUCCUUAUGACUGUGUUCAUUGCUGUGUUCAUUACCUCUAUUCUGCUGAUCGCCAAUAGCUUUCUUUACCGCUAUCUUCAGGUCUGCAAGUAA